CCCGACUCCCCACGCAGUAGGAUCGCUGUGUAUGGAGGAUAUCAUUUCCCAUGAGCAAGAACUCACUUUUACUCGUCGGACCAUCACCGCGCCCGACUUGGCCGAGUGGCCAGACGCCGCCGUAGACGCCGCUGGUCGCUUGGAGGAUGGGAGCGUCUUCACCGACUCCUCGAAGGCAGAGACCCGGUCUCUCAAAUCGAAGCAGAUCGUCUUCGCCGAUUCACGAGAUCCAUACCGUCACUGUUUACGCUUCGCUUUGUCGGCCGAUGGCAAGCUUCUGGCGGCGUCGUUCGGACGUAGCGACGUCCUCGUAUGGCGACUGUCCGACGGUCUCCUGGUUCAACUUCUACAUUGCCAGGACCAUCUAUACCAGGUCCUUGGCCUCUCCUUUUCCCCCGUCGACUCCAAUCUUGCCUCAGGGUCCAGAGACGGGACCGCAACUGUGUGGGAUACUCGACAUGGCCGCAUACUUCUACAUCUGGAAGGCAACGGUGGGCCAGUGAGCAGCAUUGCAUAUGCUCCCAACGGCGCGGUCAUCGCCACCGGUUCUCAUAAAGAUAAAUCCGUCAAGAUUUGGGACGCCUCGAGUGGAGCAUGCUUGCAUUCAUUCAGCGCUAAUGAAGUCGUAUACAAACUCGCCUUCUCCCCCGGGGACAACUCGUGCCUCUACGCCGAACUUGAGACGUCCUCCAUCAUCUAUGACAUCCAUACCUGUACGCACACUGCUACGUUACAGCUUGGUGCCGGGAAGAUGCUCUACUCGUCGAUGUCUCACCAAGGCGAUCGCGUAGUCGCCAGCCCAUAUUCGGAUUUCCCAGGACAAGUCAAAAUAUGGAGCGCGGUGACCGGCGAGGAGCUUCUCACGAUUGAGCACCCGAAGAAGCUCGCACGUCCUGUGGCAUUCUCCCCAGACGGCGCCGAGAUGGUGGCGGCUUGCGACGCGGAUGUGGCAGCCGUCGUGUAUGACUCGAGGACAGGCCAACUACGCCAUGUCUUCAAGCUGGGAAAGCCGGCGUAUCAUGCGACGUACUCCCCAGAUGGAGGCUAUGUCGCCUUUGGUUCCCUGGACGGAGAUCUGGAGCUGUACGAUGCGAAGUCUGGGACAUUCCUCGCAAAGUUCGACAGGCACGAAGGGAGUCACGAGCUCCGGGAGUUGCGGUUUCUAUCUGACAGCCAGACCCUUCUAGCACAGUCUCAACAGGGACCUUUACUUCUGUAUAACAUUCGAGAUGUAUUGCGAAUGCGAUAGCGUAGUAUUGGUGUAACAAUGCCUGCCCGGCUCAGCAUGCUAGUACAGCAGUGCAGACAACAAGGAAUGUGCGCCGAAUAUGAUGUGAUGUGAGC